AUGCCUAUCAUAGAAAUUGUCCUGAGUGCUGUAACAACCGUUUUGUUUGAGAGAUUGGCCUCUCUUGAUCUGUUGAAAUUUGCUCGCAGCCAGGGAAUUCUUACCCAGGUGACGAAAUUGCGCAACGUUCUGAGGACUAUUCAAGCGGUGCUCAACGAUGCAGAGACUAAGCAAAUAAGGGACGAAGCUGUGAAUCAGUGGCUGGCGGAACUGAGGGAUCUGGCUUACGAUGUGGAUGAUCUAGUGGACGAGAUUGCGACAGAAGCUUUCGCCCAUGAAUUGAAGUUGGAGUCUGAAGCAGCUACCACAAGCAGGGUUCGGACCUUCCUCCCUACUUGUUGUAGUAAUUUCCCAAGAUCUGUUGGGCUCAAACUCAAGUUGGGCCCCAAGAUUGAGGAGAUCACUGCAAGAUUACAAGAUAUUGCAAAACUAAAAGAUGAUCUAGGUUUGAGAAUCAAUCCCGAAGCAAGGUCAAACACAGGAACAGAGAGAAUGACUGCUUCUUUGGUGGAUGAGCCCCAUGUUUAUGGUCGGGAAAAGGAUAAACAAGAAAUACUUGGAUUGUUGCUCAACAAUGAAUCAAGUAAUGAUGAACCAUCCGUCAUUCCAAUAGUUGGUAUGGGCGGUCUUGGCAAGACCACUCUUGCUCAACUUGUCUACAAUGAAGAGAAAGUCGAGGAUUUUUUUGAUCUGAAAGUAUGGGUGUGUGUUUCUGAAGAGUUUGAUGUGCUCAUGAUUACAAACAAAAUUUUUGGAUCAGCGACCAAAGGAAGUUGUGACUUCAAGGACUUGGAUACGGCGCAAGUAAGUCUUAAGGAGAAACUUUCUGGGAAAAAAUUUCUCCUUGUUCUAGACGAUGUUUGGAAUCUGGACUACGUAAAAUGGGAUCUCCUGCGUGCUCCUUUUCGAGUUGGAGCACCUGGAAGUAAAAUUAUUGUUACAACUCGAGAUGCACGCAUUGCAUUAACCAUGGGUUCCGUCCCAGCUUACAAUCCAAAGGUGUUGGGCGAUGAUGACUGUUUAUCUUUAUUAGCUCAACAUGCGUUGUGUACAAGCAAUUUUGGUGCCCAUCCAAAUUUGGAAGAAAUUGGCCUGGCUAUAAUGAAAAAGUGUGGAGGCUUGCCGUUAGCAGCCAAGACCCUGGGUGGCAUCUUGCGCAGUAAACGUAGCUCAAAUGAGUGGAAAGAUGUACUUGACAGUGAAAUCUGGGAUUUACCUGAGGAUCAGAGCGGCAUUCUUCCAGCUCUGAGAUUAAGCUAUCAUCACCUACCUUCUCAAUUGAAGCCGAUGUUUGGAUACUGCGCCAUAUUUCCGAAGGACUACUGGUUUGACAAGGACGAGUUAGUCUUGUUAUGGAUGGCAGAAGGAUUUCUGCAACAACCGCAAAGAAUGAGGAAACGUAUGGAAGAGUUAGGUGAUGAUUGCUUCAAUGAGUUGUUAUCAAGGUCAUUCUUCCAACUUUCAAGUAAUACGGAAUCAAAAUUCACGAUGCAUGACCUUUUGAAUGAUUUAGCUCAACAUGUUACGGGAGAAAUAUGCUUUAGGCUGGAAGAUAAUAUGGACAACAAUGAACGGUGUAGGAUUUCUCCGAAGGCUCGCCACUCGGCAUUCAUGCGCCAUGAGUGUGAAAUGUAUAAAAGAUUCAAGGCAUUUGACGAACUUCUGAGAGUGCGAACAUUCUUAGCACUGCCAGUUUACAGGUUACACUCGUGCUGCUUUUUAAGUGAUAGCAUUUUAGUCAACAUCCUGCCAAAACUGUUGUGCUUAAGAGUCUUAUCUAUGAGUGGGUAUAAUAUAAGAGAGUUACCCAACUCGAUUGGAGAUUUGAAACAUCUUCGGUACUUGAAUUUAUCAGGGACAUCAAUUAAAUGGUUGCCUGAAUCAGUGAAUGGUCUCUACAAUUUGCAGACAUUGUUGUUGCGUGGUUGUUGGGAGCUUUGUAAGCUGCCCGCAGACAUUGGAAAUUUAGUUAACCUCUGUCAUCUUGACAAUGCUAAUACUCAAAAAUUACAAGAGAUGCCCCCCGAGAUUAGUAAGCUGAAAAGUUUGCAAACUUUGCCAAAGUUUGUUGUGUGUAAAAGUGGUGGAUUGGGACUUAACCAUUUGAACAACCUAGCACUUUUACGGGGGAUGCUUUCCAUUGUAGGAUUGCAAAACGUUAAGGAUGUGCGGGAUGCAGAGGAUGCCAAUAUAAAUCGUAAGCGGGAUCUUGAUGAGUUAGAAUUGCUAUGGAGUAGUGAGGAUGAAGAUUCUCAAAAUGAAGUGCUCCAAGCCAACGUACUCAACAUGCUACGGCCGCAUAAAGGAUUGAAACAUCUCAAAAUUGAGUUUUACAGGGGCUUAACAUUCCCCAGUUGGAUUGGGGAUCUGUCGUUCUCAAAAACAAUGCAGAUUAGUCUAAAAGGAUGUACAAAAUGUGCGUCUUUGCCACCACUGGGUCAGCUACCUCUGUUGAAAGAACUACACAUUCAAGGCAUGCAUGCAGUAAAGAACGUGGGAGCCGAGUUCUACGGGGAUGGUGGCUCAUUAGAGACUCGAUUCCCGUCACUCGAGACUCUAAGCUUUGAGGAUAUGCCGGAAUGGGAAGGAUGGUGUAGUUGUAUUGGUGUUGAAUUUGUAGGACAUUUCCCUUGCCUUCGUCAGCUUACCAUGGCCAAGUGUCCUAAACUGGUAAGUGUCUCAGUCCUAAGGCUUCCUUCUCUUUGCAAAUUAAAGAUAGAACGUUGUAGAGAGGUGGUUCUAAAAAGUCUCAUUGAAUUAACCUCUCUAAGACAACUGUUUAUUAAGGAUAUUUCGGGACUGACCCAUUUGCAAGAAGAAUUCACUCAUUUCUUGGUGUCACUUGAAAAUUUUGAAGUGUGUGACUGUGCUGCACUAGUGACUCUAUGGCAGAAGGGGAAUACACCACAACACCUUUCCCAUUUGCAACACUUAAGUGUCGAGGGAUGUUCCGAACUUGUGUGCUUGACUGAAGAAGAUCAAAUGCUACCUUGUAAUCUUGAAUCAUUGCGAGUAUCUGGCUGUGAUUGUCUGGAGAGGUUGCCAAAUGGUCUGGAAAGCCAUACUUCUCUCAAAGUAUUGCAAUUCGAAAAGUGCCCAAAGCUCGUGUCCUUUCCAGAGGCCAAUCUCCCGCCCAUGCUUAGAAGUCUUUGGUUAGAAAAUUGCAGUUCACUAGAGUUCCUGCCUAAUUGCAACUCUUGUCUUGAGGGGUUGUGCCUCAACGAGUGCUCGUCUCUGAGAUGCUUGCCAAUGGAUACAUUUUCCUCCACCCUGAAGUCAUUUGAGAUUAAUAAUUGUAGGGAAUUAGAGUCAAUUUUAGAGCCAAUCAGACUGAACAUGGAGGAGCCAGGAUGUUUUAGGAUCAGUGAUUGCCCAAAUUUGAAGACGUUAUUUGUAUCUAUGCCGCCUUUUCAUUGUCAAUUGUCUUAUAAGAAGGGGCAGCCGUUCCCAACUGGAAGUAGUUUGCUUACUCCCAACCUCACAUUCCUUUAUAUCAGAGGUAUUGUGAAUGACAUUUCUUUUGCAAGCAAGUUUCAAAGCCUCACAUCCCUUACAGCCUUGGACAUGUUUGAUUGUGAUAAUCUUGAGUCCUUUCCUCAAGAGAAUUUGCCCCCCAACCUUACACAUAUUUGGAUCACAAAUUGCAAAAAAUUGAAGCCUCUAUCAGAGUGGGGCCUCCACAGACUCUCUUCUCUUCGAAGGUUUGAAAUGAUUGAAGUGUAUCCAGAGCUACAUUCCUUGCCGGAUGAGUGUUGGCUUCCUUCUACUCUAACAUCACUUUUAAUCGGAGGCAUGCCUAACCUCACUUCUCUCUCUAAGGGUAUCCACAACCUCACCUCUCUUGAUACCCUGUAUAUCGAAGAUUGCCCUAAUCUUCGUUCCUUGCCUGACGAAAGGACACUCGCCACACUCUCCUCUCUUGAUUCCCUGUAUAUCGGCAAUUGCCCUAAUCUUCGUUCCUUGCCUGACAAAAGGACACUCGACACACUCUCAAGGCUAAUCAUCACAGAGUGUCCACUUCUUGAACAACGGUGUUUGAAGGAUAAAGGAGCAGAUUGGCACAAGAUCGCUGACAUCCCUUGUGUUAUUAUACAGAGUUCUAUUUAAGGUGGGCUUCUUCAGAGGAUAAGGAUCACUUCUGCAGAGUCCAUCUUCACUUGCUUAGUCAGAUUGUCAUGGGGGACUAUUUUAAUGAGCACUUCAACAAUGAGGUAUGAGAAGUAUCAUGUCUGUGAUAGAGUUGAGGAGGAGGAGAGAAAGGCCAACUACACUACCAAGAGGAUUACAUUUGUACUUGCAACUGCAGAGGAGAGUCUCUUCGAGAGAGCAUCAAGCGUCAUGAGCAUUUCCUUGCUUUACAACUAGGCCUAAAACUGGGACAAAAGGAUGUGGAAUUGGUUGACCAUUAAAGGAAAUUGCUCAAUUCAAUUAAAUGAUGAUUCAUAAUUUCACUAUGAAUUGGAUCUUCAUUUCUGGCUCUACAUCAGUUAGACUUACAGGCCUUAACAACAAUGAAUAUCAGAUAGCACAGGGAAAGGUACAUUCUUACGUCUUAUUUUGGGAUCUGAAGAUGAGAUGUCUGUGACAGCGCUUGUUGUAUGAAGAUGAGAUAUGUAGCUGCAAGAAAGGGUUGAUAAAUACUAUGAUCUAGUUACCAGCUUCCAUUAAUAUGGCUGGGAGAAUCAUUCCAUUUUGCGCAAGUCUGCAGAUGAAAAGCAGAGUCUCUUCGAGAGAGUAUUAAAAACAUGUGCACUUCCUUGCUUUACAACUAAGCCCGAAAUCAUGACUGAAGGUGUUGAAUGUUAGAUGUGUAAUUGGUGGACCACUAAGGGAAGUUGCUUGAUGCAGUGAUAAUGUAGCAUGAUUUCAUGAAAAUGUCAUUUCCUGAAAAUAGUUUUGAUGCCGUAUAUGCAAUCGAGGCUACCUACCAUGCUCUAGACACGGUUGGUUGCUACGAAGAAAUAUAUCGGUUAUCGAAGUCUGAGGCAGAAAUCAAGAUUGGUGA